AUGGCCCUGACGUUCGCACUGGAGCUGGAGUCGACGGCGGCGGCCGGCGGCGGUGGAGGAGGAGUCGGUGGUGGCGACUACAGCCACAGCCACAGCAGCAGCAGCAGCAGGCGCGAGCGCAUGUUCGAGAAGGUGGUGACGCCGAGCGACGUGGGGAAGCUGAACCGGCUGGUGGUGCCGAAGCAGUUCGCGGAGCGGCACCUGCCGCUGCGCGGCGCGGCGGCCAGGUCGCGGGGCACGGUGCUGUGCUUCCACGACGCCCGCGGCGGUCCGUCCCCGGCGGCGUGGCGGUUCCGCUACUCCUACUGGAGCAGCAGCCAGAGCUACGUCAUGACCAAGGGCUGGAACCGCUACGUCCGCGACAAGCGCCUCGCGGCCGGGGACACCGUCACGUUCUGCCGCGACGGCACAAGGCUCUUCAUCGACUGCCAGCGGCGGUGGACUCGUGCCGUGGAGCAGGGCGCGGUGCCUGCGGUCGUCGUCCCGACGAUCCUCGCCGUGCCGCCGACGACACGGCACCAGCAGCAGCCGCAGAGCUUGGUCGUCUUGCCCGCGGCCGGCAAUCACCAGCACCAGCAGGCGGAGAAGGUGGUGGCCGUGGAAGAAGCAGAAGCAGCAGCAGAAGAGGACGAGGAAGCGCGGCGGCAGCGCGGGCGGUGGCUCCGGCUGUUCGGCGUCAACCUGUUGGAGCUUCGCACGGAGCCGGCGGUGCUGCUUGAUCUGCAGCUCUGA